AUGGCAACGGCUCUGCAGGAGAUCCGGCAGGCUCAGCGUGCGGACGGCCACGCCGCCGUCCUCGCCAUCGGCACGGCCAACCCGGCGACCUCCAUGCUCCAGGAUGAGUACACCGACUACUACUUCCGUGUCACUAAGAGCGAGCACCUCACCCACCUCAAGCACAAGCUCAAGAGAAUUUUACGUACUCCAGGCAUCGAGAAGCGCUUCAUGCACGUCAGCGAGGAAAUCCUGGACGCCCAUCCGGACCUGAUCGAUCGCACGUUGCCGACCCUGGACGCCCGGAUAGACAUGGCCUCCGCGGCAGUCCCGAAACUCGCCGCGUCCGCCGCCUGGAAGGCCAUCGUCGAGUGGGGGCGACCGGCCACGGACAUCACCCACCUUGUCUUCAGCACCUACUCCGGCGGCAGAGCCCCGAGCGCCGACCUCCGGCUCGCGUCUCUCCUCGGCCUCCGCCCCACCGUCUGCCGCACCGUACUCAACCUCAACGGCUGCUCCGGCGGUGGGAGGGCACUGCAGAUCGCCAAGGAGCUCGCCGAGAACAACCGUGGAGCGCGCGACGGCUGCCUCGACACCAUCGUUGGCCAGGGGCUGUUCGGUGACGGCGCCGGCGCCAUCGUCGUCGGCGCCGACCCCGUCGAAGACGAACGCCCGCUGUUCGAGAUGGCCUUCACGACGCAGACGACGAUACCGGAAACCGAGGACGCGAUCACCAUGCAGCUCAGAAAAGGCGGCCUCGACUUCCACAUAUCCAGCCAGGUGCCGAGGCUGCUUGCGGAGAACAUCGAGCGUGUUCUAAUCGACGCGUUCGAGCCUCUCGGCGUCGUCGCAAAUGGUGCUGCAUGGAACGACCUCUUCUGGGCGAUCCACCCCGGCGGCCGCUCCAUCCUGGACAACAUCGAGGAGCUGCUUGGGCUGGACGCGGAGAAGCUGGGGGCUAGCCGGCAGGUGCUGCGUGACUUCGGCAACAUGAGUGGCGCAACGGUGAUCUUCGUGCUCGAUGAGCUGCGGCGCCGUCGGGCCAAGGAAGGGGAGACGGCGGCAGAGUGGGGCGUGGUUAUGGCGUUCGGACCUGGGAUCACGAUCGAGACCAUGGUGCUGCACGCCGCAACAAACAAUCUCAAAGAAAAUUGA